AUGAGUAUGAUAUAUGAUACUAGAAAUCAACAAGUUGUAAGAGUUGCUUCUUCACUUUAGAACAAAUAGCAAUUGUAAUUAUAAGAAGCAUGUGAAUUAUAUAAGAGUAUAAUUUCACGAUUCAAUUAUUUUUUAAAAAAGAUUCAAGCACGAGUUUGCUCAAAUGAAAGAAUAUCUUGAAACAAAGAAACAAAAAUAUAAUUACCAAUAAUUGGUUGAACUUUGGAUGGUUCUACAAUCACAUCUUCGAUAAUCCCCUUGAUCACUUUCAUGGUCCUCGAUUGCUAUUUAACUUUGGCUUUUAUAUCUCAAAUAUAUACAAAUUUGUAUACAACUGGAUCUUGAAACACUCGCAUGACACUGAAGCGCCCCCGGAAGUUAUAUCUCUUGCGAUCUUACCGGAAGUCAAAACAUUUGGUUGAAUUUCCAAGUAAGUUCACAGAAGAAUAUAAACUCGUUUCAGAAUAUAACCUAUAUCUUUUCUUUAUUAUGAUCUGUUUUCAAUAUUUUUAUUGACAAAAUUAAUUGAACAAAAAAGUUUUGCUUCCUAUAAAUAUUGAACAAUUUCAGAACUUACGGGAGAUAUAUUUUUAUAUUAAUUAAAUUAUUUUCAUAAAAAUUAUUUUCAUUAAAUUAUUUUAAUUAAGUUUUGUUAUCAGAUAAUUAGUGCUCGGAUAUUAUUUAAAUUUUUAAUAUUAUUAAAAUAUAUUUUAAUAUUGUAAUUGUAGUAUUGUAUUGUAAUUUAAUAUUGUAAGCAAUAAUUUAAUAAUAUAAUAAAUUUAAUAUUAUCGAAAUAUAAUAUAAUAUAUAAAUAUAAUAUAUAAUUAAUAUUACUAGUAAUGUUAUGUUCUGUUAAUUUUUCUGAACCGAAAAGGUACAUGUGCACUUUAUAAUUUGCUCCCUAUAUGAUAUACAAUAUCGGUAUCUUUCUUACUACGCUCCUGUUUUGUAUUGUCUAUAUGAACUUUCGAGAAGUACGCUGUACGUGAAUGUUGUGUCAAGUCUUCCGAUGAUUUACGUUUGAUGUUUAAAAGAGAAUAGUCAAUCUAAUGGGUAACGAAGAAACUCCAAUUGCGGUGAAUAACAAUGAGGUAAGAAACGCAGUCGAAUAUUGUUAAAUUACACAAACGGCAACGCACCCAUUACUUUAUGCAUAAUGUGAAAAUUAUUAACUUUUGUAGAUGCCAGUUCCAAAAAUAAGACAUGAUUGGUAUCAAACGGAAAGUCAUGUCAUAGUCCCGAUUCUUGCUAAAAGUGCACAAAAUGUCAAAGUCGUUUACGAGAAAAAUACGUUAAGUGUGUCUGCCCAGUUACCAUCGGGCAAUGAAUAUAGCUUGGAGUUAGAUUUAGCUCACGCAAUAGUGCCAGAUCUAUCUACUCAUAAAGUUGAUCCAUCUAAAAUAGAAAUUAAAUUGAAAAAACAAGAUGGAAUUACGUGGACCACAUUGGAAGGAAAUCCGGUUGCACAAAACACGGUGCAACCUAUACCUCGAGAAAUUUUACAAACUGGAACUCAACCAGAAAAGAAUCCUGGGACUGGGAAAAAACCGCGAGACUGGGAUAAAGUAGAGAAAGAGAUAGAGAAGCAAGAAGCAGAAGAAAAGCCAGUGGGAGAAGCUGCUCUCUAUGCUUUGUUCCAACAGAUAUAUGGCAGCGGCUCCGACGAAGUCAGACGUGCAAUGAACAAAUCUUUUCAAGAAUCCGGUGGUACAGUAUUGAGCACGAAUUGGUCAGAAGUAAGCAAAGGUAAAGUUGAGGUAAAAUUACCAGAUGGUAUGGAAUGGAAAUCCUGGAGUACGUAGAACAGACAAUUAAAAUUUGCUUACUGUAUUUGACAAGUAAUAAUUUCACUUCAUCUUUAUGAAAAUCAUUAAUAGAUGAUUGACGAUUUAUUGAAAAUAAAACUAGUUAAACAAUUGUAUUUGUCCAGUUUGUGAAAUAUAUGUGUGUAUUUUUCUGGAAAUAUUAUAAUCUCUGUGUUUCUUAUUAUAAAGAAUAAUUCAGCUAAAUUAUACAAUGACAAACACAGUUAGAUACAUAUAUUAAUGCAUUCUUUACUUUAUUGUUUAAUAAAAUAUAUACAUGUAUUAUACAUUUAUUUAUAAAACAUUUACAAAUAAUUAAAUGCCUGUUACUAAAAAAUGAUUCCAAAUAAAAUGAUAUUAUUAAUUUUUUAGUUAUUCAUUAUUACGAAUUGCGUGAUGAUUUUUAA